UAGUGUGCCUUGGGCAUGACACAUCAGGGUCUGAUGUUUAUCUUUUAUUACCUGCCAGACCUCUCUGGAAAAGCCUCCAUGGAAUUCAUCAUCUGCAGUCUUUGUUGUAGGUACACAUAUAAAUACAUGCUGAACGCAUUCGUUGAGGAUAUUGUGGUUUCUAAAGCUGAACUUAAAUAAAAAGUAUUGAGAUGAAUAAUGAAGAGAACUUUCUGCAGAAGGACUCAACAAGAGAUGAAGGCAAUGAGACUGAAGACAACAGCAUGAAUAAAUUAAGAAGGAAGAAAGUCACUAAACCACAUGUUUGUUCCACUGAAGUCGGAGAAAUGGAUAUGUCCAAUUCAAAUGAUUGCAUGAGGGACAGCAGUCAAAUUCUGGCCCCACCUCAACUCUCUUCUAGAAUGAAACACAUUAGACAAGCCAUGGCCAAAAAUCGCCUCCAGUUUGUACGAUUUGAAGCAACAGACCUCCAUGGUGUGUCCAGGUCUAAGACUAUCCCUGCACACUUUUUUCAAGAGAAAGUGAGCCAUGGAGUUUGCAUGCCCCGAGGUUAUCUUGAAGUGAUACCGAAUCCUAAGGACAGUGAAAUGAAUCGCAUAAGAGCCACAUGUUUUAAUAGUGACAUAGUCCUAAUGCCAGAGAUAUCAACCUUUAGAGUUUUGCCAUGGGCUGAUAGAACUGCAAGAGUGAUAUGUGAUACUUUCACUGUGACUGGUGAGCCUCUUUUGACUUCCCCAAGGUACAUUGCAAAGAGGCAGCUGAGCCAGCUGCAGGCCUCUGGCUUUUCCCUGCUUUCUGCUUUCAUCUGUGAUUUCUGCAUUUUUGGUGUGCCCGAAUUUUUAAAUUCAAAGACUAUAUCAUUUCCUGCUUCAACAUUUUUAAAUAACCAUGAUCAGCCCUUCAUGCAGGAACUUGUUGAUGGCUUGUAUCACACUGGAGCAAAUGUCGAGAGUUUUUCCUCCUCUACCAGGCCUGGUCAGAUGGAAAUCUGUUUCCUGCCUGAAUUUGGCAUUAGCUCAGCUGAUAAUGCAUUUACCCUCAGAACAGGUGUCAAAGAAGUGGCAAGGAAAUACAAUUACAUUUCCAGCUUCUUCAUUGAGACUGGAUUUUGUAAUUCAGGGAUUUUGUCUCAUAGUCUCUGGGAUGUCGAUAGGAAGAAGAACAUGUUUUGCAGCACUUCUGGAACUGAGCAGCUGACGAUCACUGGGAAAAAAUGGUUGGCAGGACUCUUGAAGCACUCUGCCGCACUCAGCUGCCUGAUGGCGCCUACUGUUAGCUGCCGAAAGCGUUAUUCCAAGGACAGUAAAGACCUGAAGGACAGUGUGCCUACAACGUGGGGAUACAAUGACAACAGCUGUAUAUUUAAUAUCAAGUGUCAUGGAGAGAAAGGCACCCGGAUAGAAAAUAAGCUAGGCUCAGCAACAGCAAACCCUUACUUGGUGCUGGCUGCAACUGUUGCUGCAGGCUUAGAUGGACUUCAUAGCAGUAAUGAGGUCUUGGCUGGUCCAGAUGAGAGCAUAGACUUUUACCAAGUGGAAACUUCUGAGAUCCCUUUAAAACUGGAAGAUGCCCUUGUGGCACUGGAAGAAGAUCAAUGUCUGAGGCAGGCUCUAGGAGAAACCUUUAUUCGAUAUUUUGUUGCCAUGAAGAAAUAUGAGUUGGAGAAUGAAGAAAUAGCUGCAGAGAGAAAUAAAUUCUUAGAGUAUUUUAUUUAGAAUAGAACUCAUAACUACUCCUUUAGAGAUGUAAUUGUUACUUAAAGCUAAUCUACCAAAACAAAGACUGAACUUUUGUCAUUAACAACAGUAACAAUAACAAGACUAUGAAUGCUUUUGACUUUUUUUUUUUUUUUUUUUCCUCCAUGGAAUAUUUGACAGAUGAAGUAGGACUGCUGAGAAGAUUCUGAUAACAGAAACAAACAACAAAGUCGUGGUGAAGCUACAAUAUGCAAACUUACCAGAUCUUGUCAGUUAGUCAUUUCCUAUGUGUAUGUUGACCUGGAUAGGAAUAUCCAAUUUUGGGGGGCAAUAAAUAUAUUUGCACAUUAAAAAAAAAGACUUAAGCAUUAGAAAGCAAAUUUAAAUGACUAAAAAA